GGACGGUGAGGGGAGCCGUAAAGCGUUGUGUUUUGGACAGGAGGAGGUCAUUAGAAAGUGAGGAGUAAGGUACUGGCCCGGUCCCCGAGGCAUAAAGACAGCGUAUAUCUGAUGCGGGUGGAAGACAAACACAUAAUCUAAUAGCUCUGUGUAGUGCUUCAACCGCUGCGAUAUGCUUCGUCUGAUCCUGCGGCUCAGGCCGUCCGCCGGGCUCCACUGUCCCCGUGUCCUCCCGGACCUCCCAGUCGGGCCUGCUACGCUCAGCUCCCGCUCCGUGCCCGGAACCGGUUCACUGAGGCGGCUUCACUGCGGAGCGGGGUCCCGGACCGUGUGUUACGGCUCCGGCUUCAGCCACAGAGGGACUCUGCUGCGGUGUCCCCAGCUGAUCGGCAGCUGUCAGAAGAAGCGUUUCUACAGCCUGCCGCCGCACCAGAAGGUGGAGCUUCCUGCGUUGUCACCCACAAUGCAGACAGGAACGAUCGCUCGCUGGGAGAAGAAGGAGGGAGAGAAAAUCAAUGAGGGCGAACUUAUAGCUGAGGUGGAGACUGACAAGGCCACUGUAGGUUUUGAGAUGCUGGAGGAGUGCUAUCUGGCAAAGAUCCUGGUUCCUGAAGGGACCAGAGAUGUCAACAUCGGAGCUGUAAUCUGCAUCACUGUUGACAGCCCUGACCUCAUCCCAGCCUUUAAGGACGUAACGUUGGAGUCAAUUCAAGCAGCCGGUGCCGGUCCAUCACCAGGUGCCUCCGCUCCUCCUCCUCCUGCUGCUGCUGCCCCACCUGCCGCCCCAGGCAGCUCUUACCCCCCACACAUGAAGAUCACACUUCCUGCCCUCUCUCCCACCAUGACGAUGGGAACAGUGCAGCGCUGGGAGAAGAAGGUGGGAGAGAAGCUGAGUGAAGGAGAUCUGCUGGCUGAGAUCGAGACCGACAAGGCGACCAUCGGCUUUGAGGUGCAGGAGGAGGGGUAUUUAGCCAAAAUCAUGGUGGAAGAGGGAACUCGGGAUGUUCCCCUGGGAAUGCCGCUCUGCAUCAUUGUAGAGAAAGAAAGUGACAUUGCUGCCUUCAAGGAUUAUGUAGAUACUGCAGUGGCAGAUGUUUCCGCACCAGCUCCACCUCCAGCUCCAGCACCAGCACCGGCUGCAGCUCCAGCUGCUGCAGCACCCAGUCCUGCUCUCACAACCGCUGCCCCAGUAGCACCCAGGAAGGGUCGUGUGUUUGCCAGCCCGCUCGCCAAGAAACUUGCUGCUGAGAAAGGAAUUGACCUGGCACAGGUCAGCGGCUCUGGUCCUGAUGGGCGCAUCACCAGGAAAGAUAUUGACGGCUUUGUUCCACCAAAGACUACACCUGCCGUAGCUGCUGUUCCCACUCCAGCUGCAACUCCAGCUGCUCGUGCACCUGCUGCCGCUCCUGCUGCACCAGCUGGGACCUUCACAGACAUCCCUAUCAGCAACAUCCGCAAGGUCAUCGCUCAGAGGUUGAUGCAGUCCAAGCAAACGAUCCCCCACUACUAUCUGUCUUUAGAUGUCAACAUGGAUCAAGUGCUCGAGCUUCGUAAAGAACUCAAUGUGGAGGUGAAAGCCCAGAAUAUCAAGCUUAGUGUGAAUGACUUCAUCAUCAAAGCCAGCGCUCUGGCCUGCCUCAAGGUUCCUGAGUGCAACUCCUCCUGGUUGGACACGGUCAUCCGCCAGAAUCACGUGGUGGACCUGAGUGUAGCAGUGAGCACAGCCAAUGGUCUCAUCACACCCAUAGUGUUUAACGCCCACACCAAAGGACUGGCUGCCAUCAGCUCAGAUGUGUCGGCUCUCGCUGCCAAAGCGAGAGAAGGCAAACUGCAGCCACAUGAGUUCCAGGGAGGUACAUUCACAAUCUCUAAUUUGGGGAUGUUUGGCAUCAAGAACUUUUCCGCGAUUAUCAACCCCCCUCAGGCCUGUAUCCUUGCCGUCGGAGGCUCAGAGAAACGGCUGAUGCCUGCUGAUAAUGAGAAAGGGUUUGACGUAGCCAGCAUGAUGUCGGUAACACUGAGCUGUGACCACCGGGUGGUGGAUGGGGCGGUCGGCGCGCAGUGGCUCGCAGAGUUCCGCAAGUUCCUAGAGAAACCCGUCACCAUGCUGUUGUGAUUGGACUAUACUGAUGUUAAAUUACAGCAACAGGCAGAGGCCUCUCACUGAAGUGAUCUGAUUGGUCUAAACCGGUCUGGAUCCUUCUGUGAUUGGCUGGGCUGCCAUCAGGUCACUUCCAGUUACCCUGAAGGGGAAGAGGCAGAACUCACUCCGCUUACCUGUAUGUCUCGCUGUCUCUCCUGUCUGUCUUCCUCUUCUCUUGCUCUCUCUCACUCAUACUCUAUUUAUUGAGGCCCCAUCUCAUGAGAAACCAGAAUUAGGUAAAAGUUAUCCUAGAAUAGAGACCGUCAUAAAACACUGAUCAUGUUUUACAAAGGGAAGUGUUACAUGUCCAACCAGCGAGCAUAUUUAUCCCGAAAUUACGUACGUGUGUGUGUGUGUGUUUCUUCACACUUUAAUCUGUGAUUUUGUGUGAAUGUGAUAAAGACAACGGAAAGCAGCUAUCUGUGGGUUCCAGUCUUUUAAGUAAAGAGUUUUGAGGAUGGAGCUAAAUGUAAGUUAACUUUGAGACACACAGAGCCCAGAUCUACACACAGAGCCCAGAUCUACACACAUACACACAUAACCAAUAAAAAUAUAUCUGUGUGUAUAUAUAUAAUUAUAUAUAAUUAUAUAUAUAUAUAUAAUUAUGGUGGUGAGCAGUUGAAAUAACAGACGUGAUGAGGCCCCUCACCAUAUAAUUUAAUAUCUGUACAGUCCCAAAACACUCUUAAAGGAAGUACUGAACACUUUUAGCCAAUUCUCUGUCUAUGUUGGGGAUGUUUUAUUUUUUAGUCUCUGAGUAAAAUACUUAUCUUUUGAAAUAUUCUGUAUUUCACUGCUGAAACGCACAAAGCUGGUGCUGGAUGUUAUUUGUCAUUUGAAUAAAUUGGGAGAAGUCAAUCUUGUGCCAAA